AACCUCGUUUCCUUUCCCUGGAACUCCGGUCUCCGGUACCCUCCUGAAUUCGUGCGCUCGAUUCCUGGCUUCGCCUCGCGCCGAUCUCACCUGUUGUUCAGACAUGAAGCCUUGCAAGCAGACCGCAUCCAUGGGAGCCGCCGCCACGGACGAGGCCCACAGCAAGUCGGCAGCAAAGAGCGAUGCAAUCCAAUCGAGGGGGAAGAAGGUCAUGGGCAAACUGGCGGUGAAGAGCAAUGGAACCGAGAAGCCCAAGACCAAUGCCGUUUCCGAUGUUACACGCGGGUUCGCGGUGAUGAGCGUUACAGAGGAAAUUGCAAGGGUUGAAUUGCUCGCCCUGUACUCUUACCAGAACGCCUUCUGGAUAAAAAACUUCCCUGGCGUCUGUGACAGGCCGUCCGUAGAUGCUAUUCGUAAGCAAGCCGUUGAAAACUGGAAAUGCUUUAAUGAUUCGGACAAGGCCCCUUAUAUAGCCAGGGCACAUGUGAACAAAAUACGCAUCGCUAAGGCCAACGAGUUCAAGAAGACACUGAAGUUGACGCGCCUGAUGACGAACAAGCUGAUGAAUCUGAAAAUGUGAACACACAAGAUCUCUAAGAUGUUUUUGAAUAGAAAUCUCUCCAUAUAUCACACAACCAACUCCACUACCUGAUUCCGUAUGGGCCGGCACUUGGAGGGUUCAGAUGCAAUUGCAAGUUCAAGCUGCCAUAUGGACAACACUAGUAUUAAAUAUGUUUCUGCUCCUAACUUUAGAUGUUGAACACCUUUUGCAUAUUGUGAUGUGAAUCAUGUGAUACGGCUAAAAAUUGGACUAAUCGUGUGACUGAACAU